AUGCGACACCCAUCGAAUGUCAAUUGGAUAUUGGGCUCAACAGUCCUCCUGUCCCUGGCUCUGCUCUUGCGCCUGGCCGCCCUUGGCGAAGCAUCCAUUAGUCAGCGAGGGGCCUCGGCCGCCGCCAUCGACGACCUCAAAAGCAACUCGCUCUUCUGGAAACGGGACCGACUCCCCCUCUACCCCCGCCACUCUUCCUCUGACUCGCCAGUUCGACGACAACUUCAGACUGGCAGUGCAAGUCUCCUCCGCAAGCGGAGUCUUUUCUCCCAUGUAAACGACGACAUUGUUGUUCCCCCUUCCCCUCCUUCUCGCCUCCCUGCUGUCAUUCGACGACGCCCUCAUAUCAUCAACGCCGGUAACUACGAGGAUGAGGAAGGAGAACAAGAAGAAGUGGAGGAUGUAGAGGAAGAGGAGGAGUCUGUUGUGAGAAUGACGGUUGAGUUGACUCACGAGGGGAACCGAGAACGAGAGGUCGAGACCCACAAAAUUUACAAAUUUGACCACUCAAGCACCACCAAGGAUAUCAAAGUCAGCGAGCCAACCGACAAAUUAAACUUUUGGGCGGACGACAACGACGACGAGGAGGAUGAUGAGAAGCGAACCUUGAUUGAGCCGCAUUAUCCUUCCAUCAACCUCUUUGACGAGGAGGAGCUGCUCGAGGUCGGCGAGGACGGCAUCCUCCGCGAGAAGGGCCACCGAUCAUCAUCAUCGUCUUCCAGUCGCUCUUCUUCAGAAGGUGAAUCUCGCCAUGACCAAGGGUGGUUGGUGGAUGAGUGGGAGGAGGAACUGGAGGGAGAUAUGGACGAGUGGAUGGACUGGGUCGAGGAGGACCAUGCCUUGAGCCGAAUCAACGCCGAGACGGACAAGAACCGUCUGCGCGACCAGAGCGCGAUGGACAGCCUAGUCUUCGAUGAGGAUGAGGCUAGCCCUUUCCAGCGCCUUUUCUCGGAGUCAUGGCUCUUUUAG